AUGACGAAAAAGACAAAGACGCGUCGCUAUGCGGUAAAGGCGAAGAUAUUGUCAACCAAGGACACUCGCAUCGUUGCAAACCAGAAAAAGGAGGAAGAGAAGGAAAAGCAGAAAAAAGAGGCGUUGGUACGUCACGUUGAGCAGGUACCGUCCAGUCUGUUCUUUAAAUACAAUACCGCGCUCGGUCCUCCAUUCCGAGUUUUGAUCGAUACGAACUUUAUCAACUUCUCGAUUCAGAACAAGCUGGACAUUAUGAAGAAUCUAAUGGAUUGCUUGCUUGCAAAGUGCAUUCCUUAUAUCACGGAUUGCGUUAUGGCUGAGUUGGAGAAGCUGGGCUCUCGCUAUCAUGUUGCUCUCCGUCUGGCGAAAGACCCUCGCUUCCAGCGACUCACCUGCUCUCACAAGGGAACCUAUGCUGAUGACUGUAUUGUUGAGCGUGUUCGAACUAAUCGUUGCUACAUCGUUGCCACCUGCGAUAAAGACUUGAAGCGUCGGAUUCGGAAGAUUCCGGGUGUUCCGAUCAUGUUCAUUGUGAAUCAUCGCUACACCAUUGAGAGACUUCCGGAAGCUUUUGGUGCUCCGAAGUAACGCGGCUUCGAAGAGUAGAAUCCGUCAUUGUUUAUUUAGUUUGCUAUUAUUGUCAUUUCAUUCUUGUUUUGAGUCGGAUUGGGGAGAGUUUAUGUAAUGUACACAAUCUUG